AUGGGAUGCAUUUGCUUCAAGUCUUGGCGGCGACAAUCUCCACCGUCGAUUAAAUCAACGGCCAUCGAUGAUCUCGAAAACGAUAGAGACGAUGGCGACGACGAGGGACAUUAUCCGCUGAUUUUCCGGGAGUUAAGCUUGGAGGAGCUGAGAAUCGCCACCGACGGAUUCUCCGGAGGAAACAUCGUAUCGGAGCACAACGAUUGGGUACCAAACAUCGUCUACAAAGGCAGACUCGGCGAUGGUCGUCGAAUCGCCGUCAAACGGUUUCAGAGACUUUCAUGGCCUGAUCCUUUGGAAUUCACCAAGGAAGCACAAGCAGUGGGGAGAUUGAGGAGUGAGCAUAUGGCGAAUAUGAUUGGUUGUUGUUCUGAAGACAACGAGAGACUUCUUGUCGCCGAGUAUAUGCCUAAUGGAACUUUAGCAAAGCAUCUCUUUCACUGGGAGAAAAGACCGAUGAAAUGGGAAAUGAGGUUAAAGGUUGCGUUGCAGACCGCAAGAGCUUUAGAGUUUUGUAAAGAUAAGGGAAUAGACUUAUACCAUGAUCUUAAUCCUUACCGGAUAUUGUUUGAUAAGAUGGGGAAUCCUAAGCUUUCUUGCUUUGGUCUCUUGAAGAAUAGCCACCAAGGGAAGAAUCAUAGUACCAACUUAGCAUUUGCUCCUCCUGAAUAUUUGCGCCUAGGUACUCUGAUACCGGAGAGCGUUACAUUUAGCUUUGGGACCUUAUUGUUGGAUCUUAUGAGUGGCAGACAUAUCCCUCCAAACCAUGCACUUGAUUUGUUCCGCGGCAAAAACUAUUUGGUACUAAUGGAUUCAGCUUUGGAUGGUCAGUUCUCUGAUGAGGACAGGACUGAACUAAUGCACAUAGCCUCUCGUUGUUUAAAGUCUGAACCCGAAGAGAGGCCAAGGAUAAAGUCUCUCAUGGCGACUCUUUCUAGACUUCAGAAACGAGCCGAGUUAUGGCCUAUCAAUGUCAAAAGGCUCACGCCUCCUCCAGCAUCCAAUCCGCCUGAAAAGACUAAACCUGCAACAGAGCCACUAAAGUUGACUCCUUUUGGAGAUGCAUGUUUGAGAGCAGAUCUAUGUACCAUGCACGAACUACUCGAGAAACUCGGGUAUGGAGAAGACGAUGGGGUCGCAAACGAGUUUUCGUUCCAAAUGUGGACGGACGAAAUGCAAGAGAAUAUGGACUACAAGAUGCAUGGAGAUGCCGCAUUUCGAUCUAAAGAUUUUGAAACCGCCAUUGAAUUCUACACAGAGUUCUUGAGUGGAGCUCCUACGGUGUCACCAACAGUAUUGGCAAGAAGGUGUCUAUGUUACCUUAUGAGUGAAAUGUUCAGCGAGGCUCUGAGCGACGCGAUGCAAGCGCAAGUAGCUUCCCCGGAAUGGCCAACCGCUCUUUACUUACAAGCCGCUUGUCUCUUCAAGCUCGAGAUGGAAGCUGAAGCUAAAGAAGCUCUUAGACAUGGUUCCGCUCUUGAGGCUUAA